AUGGAAAACUAUCAUGAAGCUGAACUUUGGAACGAAGUUUUGGAUGCAGCAGAAGAUUAUUUAAAAUUACCACGAGGAACUAUUAAGGUGACUGUUCUGGUUGAACACAUUCUGUUCACUUAUGAAAUCGAUGAAGUUUUAUACGUUCUCCGGGAUCACAUUGUGGGUCUCAAUUGUGGUCGGUGGGACUACAUUUUCUCAUACCUCAAAGCAUUCCGAAAUCACCGUGAAUUUCUAACUCCGAAUCGUUCUGAAAUUCGAAUGAUGACUCCUUUUAUGCAAAACUAUGCUCGUUUUGUCAUUAAAACUUGUCAUCAACGUGGAGCUCAUGUCAUGGGAGGAAUGGCGGCGCAAAUUCCUAUCAAAUUUGAUGCAGACGCAAAUGCAAAAGCUUUGAGUGCCGUUCAAGAAGUGAAUAAAAAUUUAAUAAUUUUAAAAAGAAAGAUGCAAACUUUGCCAAAAUUUCGGUAA